GAGAGAGAGGGAGAGGGGGAGGGAGAAAAGAGUGCAGAGCAGGAGAGAAUCAGACAGUGAGAGACUUGACAGUAUGAGCAUAGGAUGAGGGUGCAGAGGGGGAACGUAUAAGAUAGUGACAGAGGCAGAGGUGUUCAGUGUUGCACAAUAGUGCCAGAGGCUGCUGGAAACACACAGAGAGAGAGAGAGAGAGAGAGAGAGAGAGAGAAAGCAGGCAUCAUGGCAGCGCUCACUGCAUCAUCACGACACAUGGGGAUGUUUGGCUGCUGCUGGUGAACACUGUGUGAUGCAGAGGAGAGAGUCGAGGACUUCCUGGAAACCAAAGGCAAGCCAAGGAAACAGGUGCGACCAGCGGGAGGAGCCACAUGAUGAGUGGGAUCUUGAAGAGGAAGCUUGAGGAGGGCCCGUCCCCUUACCUGUCCCUACAGGGCUCUGAUGAUGAGGUUUCCUGCAGCGACAGUGGCAACAGCAGUGAUAGUCUCAACCAUCCUGUUCCCUCUGGGCUGCUGGACUCCACUCUCCAGCAGAAGUCUAAGCGACUGCGAGGCCGCAAUGUGCACUUUGAAAGCGUGACAGUCUACUACUUCAACCGUAGACAGGGCUUCACCAGCGUGCCCACACAGGGUGGCAGCACCUUGGGGAUGUCACCACGUCACAGCGGGGUGAAGCGUUUCACCCUCAGGGAGUUUGCCCUGGAGCAGAAACGGAGCCACCGGAACAUGCUGAGGGAACACCUCAAAGAGGAGAAGCUCAAUGCAGUCAAACUCAAACUGACUAAGAAUGGCACUGUGUCAUCCGUGGAGGCGGACAACCUGACGCUGGAUGACAUCUCCGAAGAUGACCUGGAUGUGGACAACACGGAGGUGGAUGAUUACUUCUUCCUCCAGCCACUGACUACCAGGAGACGCCGUGUCCUUCUCCGUGCCUCAGGGGUCCGACGCAUUGAAGUGGAGGAGAAGCAUGAGCUGCGUGCCCUCCGCAUGUCCCGGGAGGAGUGUGGGUGCCGCUGCCGGGGAAUAUGCGACCCUGAGACCUGUGCUUGCAGCCUGGCCGGCAUUAAGUGCCAGGUAAAUGGAACUGUGGUGGACCGCAUGUCCUUCCCCUGUGGCUGCACCAAAGAAGGCUGCAGCAACAACACGGGACGCCUGGAGUUCAACCCAGUCCGGGUGCGCACCCACUUCCUGCACACCAUCAUGAAGCUGGAACUGGAGAAGAGCCGCGAGGAGCAGCAGCAGCAGCAGCAGCAUCAGCAGCAGCAACCGGAGCAGCAGCUUGUAACCAAUGGCAACGGUUACCAUGGUGACUCCUCCUUGGUCCAGCAGCAGCAGCAGCAGCCGCCGCCGAACCUGCAGUUCCCAUUGAUGAGUGGCACGCCGCACAUUCCCAUCAUGCACCUCCAGAACACAGGCGACACGGAUUCACAUCUAGAUGAGGAGGAGGAAGAGGAAGAGGAGGAGGAAGAUGAAGAGGAUGAGGAUGAUGAAGCGUAUGAGGAAGACGAGGAUGGCAGCAGUGUUUGCAGCGGGCUGUCGGACUGCAGCACACACAGCUUAGAAACAAUUGACCCCGAGGAAGAAGAAGAGGACGAGGAGGAUGAGGAAGAAGAUGAUGACGAUGAGGAGGAAGAUGAUGAGGAAGAGGAGGAAGAUUGGGAUUGCUCAUUGCACGGAACGAGUCCUCCACCCUACUCAGUCCCACUUCCCUCUGUGCUGAGUUACACUAACAACACACUCAUGAGCCUCAGUAACCCCUUCCACAGCACUCCCUCCAUGCAGCAUUAUCAAAUGGACAGCUCUGUAAAUGACAGUCCUGCUUUCCUCAGUGAAAAUGUCACCGUCACCCCCACACUCCCCACAGUAGAGACCGCAUUAGAGUCUGAAAUAAACCCAGAACUCCGCCGCCAAACAGAGCAGCAGAGCAUUCCCUGCCAUUUCCCCGACCCCACAGAGUCCCUGACACUCCAAACUUGCUCACAUGUAGACACCCGUGAGAGUAACACUGCCCCUGCUGGUGCAGCCGACGAACAGCCGCUUUCAACAGACCUCCAGAACAAUCCAGACCACCAUGACUCACAGACUGAGGCUGGGUCUGUGGAGCAGACGGAGGAGGAAAUAAGGCAGCCGAUAAAGGAGCGACCGGGACUGCAAACGCAGGGAGACGCUGAUCAAAUCACAGACACGUCAUGCUCAGAGAGCACCUGAUGAUUCAAAUGCUUCAGAGAGGGAUCAGUUAAUAUUUGGAAAUCUUUAGUCAAGAAUUGUGACCUUCAACCAUCCGUUUGAUUUAUUCUUGAUAAGUGCACUUCCAAAGACAGAAUGAGUCACACAGAUUUUGACACAGAAGGCUCAGAGGUGAUCUAAUUUUAAAUCACGUUGUCUCUAAAUCUUUCUAAGACUGUUGGUUUAGACGAUUGACUAAAACAUGCUCACUGACAAAGCUCUAUGAAACAGUAUUUCUGUAUGUGACUGUAACUAUAUGAAGUAUAAUUUAUGCCCUCUUACAAAGUAUUUGAUCAUGACAGCAUGUUUCCUGGUUGUGACUGGCAUCUAUGACAAAUCCAGAUUUGGAGGUGCUUGUAUUGUUUCACUAUUUUCCACUGUGCUGGUGUCUCAUUGUUGCUGCUAAUCGUUCUUAAAUGCCUGUCUGUAUAGCAUGUGUUCAGUUUACUUAAGAUGUUUCAAGACUAAAAAUGAUGUCACUGGCGAAACAGACAUGGUGGAUUUUUGAAAUUUUUACAGAUUAUCUGUCUCAUGUACUACUGUCAGGGGAUAAUGAGAGUUAUUUUUCAAUGUGAUUUUAUCCCAACCCAUCAAAUAUUACCGCUUUGUCUAUGGACUUCCACAUACACAUACAGUACGAUGCGCUAGGUAACCUCCUGCGUCUAUGGUUGACGUUCCGGGCAAUUUACGCUUGUUUCAUGCGUUUUGUCUUUUCAAAAUACGCUUCAGUUUUCACAGGACAUGUAUAGUUUCUGCUCGUUAGAUGCGACCUGCACAACAUCAGUAAAAGGUUGAGAAAAAAAACGGUCAUGGUUUGGCUUAAAAUUCACAUAGGAAACGAACAACGGACUCCUGGGUGAAAGUCCAGGUUUGUUUGACCCAUCUUUCUCCCCUCCUGCCAGUCCCAUAGAGACUUUUCAUCUCUGUAUAUCACAUUGUUACUGGCAGUGUUUCCAAACUGACAGCAUCCAGUAAUGUCAUAAACUGAUGCUGACUGGCAGCGUAUCAUACCUCCCUGUAAGCUGCCUUUUUGAGUUGGUUUCUGACACCGAAAUCACUGACAUUUGACCCACUGUACACCACCUGUCCUUCAAACAGCAAUGAGCAAGCAAACAUAGUGUAUCAUUUAUAGCAGCUGAAUAGACAUAUUUGUUUCUCAGGAGUGGCAUGAGAGCAAAAGAAGAGUGGACAUUGGACUUUCAUUCAUCAGGUGGACACAGACAUGAUGACAGAUGAUUCUAACAUGAUUCUAAUGUGUCAAACCACACCUGUUUGCUGCCGUGUUAGCUGUAUCAACUUAAACUGUGAUGCUGUAUCAGUAGUGUGUUUACAGCUGCUUUCAGUCUCUUCAGUCUUACAGAAGAUAAAACAAUCUCAAGCCCAUGUUUCAGCCUUCUCAUAGUCAAAAUGUAAAUUAUACUGUAAUGUGAACAUAUCAAAAUGUCGCCAACGACUUAGGCUAGGCUAUAGAUUUAACAAACAUAAUGCCAAAUCAUGACCUUCGAGAUAACGAACUUCUGUUUAAUUUUAUCUGCUGAAAAACACUUUUAUGCAUUUUUAUUUUAUUAUUUACAGUCAUGUCAACGAUGUAAUAAAGCUGCUCUGUUUCCAGUUUUCAGAUGAGUAAAGGCUUGUGUCAGAGCAAUUAACUUUGUCUCUCAAUACUGCCAAACC